GUGAUGGCGGGCUCCCUGCGAGAGAACCUUGACAGCUUUCUACAGAACACGUCAAGAGGAUGCUUCUGGUGGCCUAAUCUCAGAACUUGCAUCACUAGUCUUCACAAUGGUUCCCUUUGGUGGUGCCAAGUGGUGCCCAGUUGCCUCCAAAUCUCACACCCUUAUGUGGACAAGAAAAGUUUACAAAGGAAAUGGUAAUUCUCCAGUUGCUCCCUGAGAUGUCCAUCUGCAGCCCAUGGAGAUCCAGUUCAGUUAUGAAUCUCAAGAACACCAUGUUUUGUCAGAUGGUAAGACUAAGACCCAGAUUGGGAAGUCAGAUUCAGAGGAGGUAAUUACAGCAAAAACUGAAUCAUUGACUGAAGCAUCUGACAACCUCAGAGAGCAUGUUCUCCAGGAUUGUGAAGGAAGAAGAUUCUGUGGAUUUGGGGAUAAAUUAAAUGAAAAGGAUCAGAACCUAUUUGAAAGACAACAACAUAACUGUGAUGAAUGUGGGCAAAGCUUUGUUUGGAAUACUGGCCUGCUUAGACACCGAAGAACCCACUGGGAGAAACCCUAUGAAUGUGAUAAGUGUGGAAAAGCCUUUACUGUGAGCUCAGCCCUGGUUCUGCAUCAGAGAAUUCAUACUGGGGAGAAACCUUAUCCUUGUAAUUGGUGUAUUAAAAGUUUCAGUCGGAGCUCAGACCUUAUUAAACAUCAAAGAGUCCACACUGGUGAAAAACCUUAUAAAUGUGAUGAAUGUGGGAAAGCCUUCAGUCAGAGCUCAGAUCUUAUUAUACAUCAGAGAAUCCAUACAGGAGAAAAACCCUAUCAGUGCAGUCAUUGUAGUAAAAGUUUCAGCCAGCGCUCCGACCUGGUUAAACAUCAGAGAAUCCAUACUGGAGAGAAGCCUUAUACAUGUAACCAGUGUAACAAACAUUUUAGUCAGAGUUCUGAUGUUAUAAAGCAUCAGAGAAUCCACACUGGGGAGAAACCAUAUAAAUGUGAUGUGUGUGGGAAAGCCUUCAGUCAGAGCUCAGAUCUUAUUCUACAUCAGAGAAUCCAUACUGGGGAGAAACCAUAUCCAUGUAAUCAAUGUAGCAAAAGUUUCAGUCAGAACUCAGACCUUAUUAAACAUCGAAGGAUCCACACUGGAGAGAAACCCUAUAAAUGUAAUGAAUGUGGAAAAGCUUUUAAUCAGAGCUCAGUCCUUAUUCUGCAUCAGAGAAUUCAUACUGGAGAGAAACCCUAUCCAUGUAAUCAAUGUAGCAAAACCUUCAGUAGGCUUUCAGAUCUUAUUAAUCAUCAACGAAUUCACACUGGAGAGAAGCCUUACCCAUGUAAUCAGUGCAGUAAAAUGUUUAGUCGAAGAUCAGAUCUUGUUAAACAUCAUAGAAUUCAUACAGGUGAGAAACCCUAUGAAUGUGAUGAGUGUGGGAAAACCUUUAGUCAGAGCUCCAACCUUAUUCUUCAUCAGCGAAUCCACACUGGAGAAAAACCUUAUCCAUGUAGUGAUUGUACUAAAAGCUUUAGUCGCCGUUCAGAUCUUGUUAAGCAUCAAAGAAUACACACUGGAGAGAAACCGUAUACAUGUAACCAGUGCAGUAAAAGUUUUAGUCAAAGCUCAGACCUCACUAAACAUCAAAGGGUACACUCUGGUGAAAAGCCCUAUCAUUGUGACAGUUGUGAGAAAGCCUUCAGUCAGAGUUCUGACCUUAUUCUUCAUCAGAGAGUUCACACUGGAGAAAAACCAUAUCCAUGCACACAGUGCAGCAAAAGUUUCAGUCAGAACUCAGACCUUAUCAAACACCAGAGAAUCCACACAGGGGAAAAACCUUACAAAUGUAGUGAGUGUGGGAAGGCUUUCAGUCAGUGCUCAGCUCUUAUCCUACAUCAAAGAAUCCACACUGGGGAGAAACCAUAUUCCUGUGAUGAAUGUGGCAAAAGCUUUAGUCGGCGCUCUGAUCUCAUUAACCAUCAAAGAAUCCAUACUGGGGAAAAGCCAUAUAAAUGUAAUGCCUGUAGGAAAGCCUUCAAAACAUGUACAGAUCUUGUUCAACACCAGAAAAUCCACACUGAGAAGAAACCCUACCAGUGUCUUCAGUGCAACAGAAGUUUUAACCAGGUCUCUGAUCUUAUUAAUCAUGAGAAAGUCCAUUCUGGGGAAGACAGUCCAGAUGUGAUGAAUGCAGGAAAAUCUCUAGGGUAUACAUCAACCAGAGACACUAUACUAGGAAAAAAUCUUAUGAAUGCUCUUGAUGAGUAUGAAAAAGGUUUUACUCAAUACUCAACUCUUAUGCUACAUUAACAAAAACCAUAUGGAGGAAACUGCAUUUUUAUAAUGAAAGUUUAACUCGAAGAUUAGACAUCACUAAAAUUAAGCAAAAUUCUAAAGAAGAGUCCUUUGAGUUGUGGGAAAACCUUCAAUAUGAAUAAAAUUUUCACUAAAUGUCAGCAACAAUAGAAACCAACUCCUGUUUUUGCUAUAAUGUAGGAAAAGCUCUUUUAUUCAGACAUUAUCCACAAAAGGAGAGUUAUUGUCAUUGCAAGAAAUGUAUAACAUUAAUGCAGAACUUAUCAGAUAUUUUAAAGAUUAGUGGGGAUGUGUUCAAUCAACUCAGAAGGAAACGUAUUAGUAUUAUAACCUUAAACCUUUAGAGCCCAAAUUACCAAUUGUAUAUCAGCAGUUAUUUUAGAGAAUGUAGGGAAAACUUAAGUCCCCUUCAUAUUUUACGUGACAUUUGUACUAAUAUGACACUUAGCUUCUAACAGCUAGAGAGUCCUCCCUAUGCUAAUGUAGAUGGCUAUCUGUAAAUUCCCUGUGUGUAA